AUGGCAUUGUCGAAAUUAAGGGAUACUGUAGUGACCAAUUUCAAUGAACGUGGAGAUGAAAUUCGGAAACACUGGGGUGGUGGUAUUAUGUCAGCUCGGUCGCAGGCCAAAAAAGCACGUAUUGAAAAAGCUCGAGUAAAGGAACUUGUCCAAAAAAAGGAAGUGAAGUAUGCCAACUUUUUGUUGCAUAAUGGCGUAGGAGAUCUAGAAUGUAUGACUGUCCCACUUUUUGGCAAGCGAACUAAAUUUGGUUCUAAACUUUAUGCCCUCAACUUUUAUGUAUGUGGUGUUUUAUCUUCUACUGCGUAA